AUGUAUGAAAAUUUUAAAAAUGCUGUAAUUGGGUAUUGUAAUGAGCUCCAAUUCAGUCUGCGAUCAGCUCUUGAUGUACCUACUUGCUGUAAUUCGAUUAUACCUUCCGAAGAAGACUGGAAAAAAGCUGAGAAUGUCUAUAAAUUUUUAAAACUGCUUUAUGAAGGUAAUUAG